AUGACAUCGCAAAACCUUUUCAACUACCCACUAAUCGCCAUGCUGAAAGCAAGCCGUCCACGCUUCCAUUUCAGUCAAAGGCGUCCCCUCGUUGACUUUUGGAAGAUCCGGUUGACCUGGGUGAACCCCCCAGGAUCGGUAUUGGAGAAUAAACAGGCCGCGAGGCCCAGGUCAACGUGUCAACAGCUCACGCUCACCGGAUACACCUCUUCCAAUUCUUCUUAUGUAAUUACCCAUUCUUCAUCAUCAACAUCAUCAUCUUCGCCUAGUUCCUACCAUAAGGUUCGCGACUCGCAAUCAACCGGGCUUAAUCGCAACCUCAACGGUGUCUGUAAGUCCAAUCCAGUAUAUUAG